AUGCUUUCGGAAAUAACUCUAGAAGUCGUAAAGGGGUCCAUCGAUAAUUACUCAAUAUUCUCACUGGAUGACCCAACGUCUUUACUGAUUUCCUCAUGUUUCGAUACAUCUCGGCCUACCAUAGUGUAUGCAUUUGGAUUCACAGGGAAAGUCACUACUCCGUCCACCUUAGCUUUGGUAAACGGUUACAUUGACACAAAGAAACGAAACGUCAUCCUUCUAGACUGGGAAGAGGAAGCUAAAACUGGAAAUCUCGGCAUAUAUUUGAGUUACACCAGGAUUGCAAUACCCAAUAGUAAAUGGGUAGGUGAAAAGCUAGGCGCGGCAAUAUUAAAACUUUAUAAUCAAGGGUUUGCAAUUGACACCCUACACCUCAUUGGUCAUUCACUUGGAGCGCACCUCAUGGGCUACGCGGGAAGAUGGAUUCGCACGCAAGGAGUGGUGAUACCAAGAAUAACAGGCUUGGAUCCAGCGAAACCUUUCUUCGAAGGAAUUUUAGCUACUCAAAAAGGAUUAGAUUACACCUGUGCAACGUUCGUAGACAUUAUCCAUACGAAUCCUGGAUAUUAUGGUACAACCCAUUCUGUGGGUACAGUAGACAUCUGGCCAAACUACUCAUUAUUUGGUGUGCAACCUGGAUGUCCCUUAGGAUUACAUCCUAAGCUCAGUUUGAAUGAUACCAAAGCUAGCCAAGACUCUUUUUUACAAGAAUUCUCCCGGGGGAAUUACUUCUUAAAAACAAAUCCUCAGUCUCCAUACCAUAAAGGCCUAGAUGGACUUAACCCCCACCGAUAG